CAGGAACUCAUGCUUUGCUCGUUCAGUAAUUGAGGUGGCAGCAGAAAUCAGUACGCUUGUCGACUCCCAACAGUUCGAAAAAUGAAAAGUGCAUGAUAAAGUGUAGAAUUGGAAAGAAUUGUUGCCCUCGUAAUAAAUAAUGAACUAUUCAUGCCGCUGUUUAAUGUUGUAAUUCGAGUACAAUUCCACRAAUAGAUGUUUUCCUUUGUUUGCGCCUUCGUCUGCGUGUUGCGUGUUCACUCUGGUAUGCCGCAGUGACAUUGCACUGCAGUAUGUCUUCCGGGGACAAUCUACAGCGGAGGAUUCGGUUUGAUUCGAAUCGUUUCGCUUCGUCUUUGGCUUACCAUCCCAGGGCCACCAUCGCUGCCAAGGACGACACCGUGGCCACCGAGGCGCCGACUCCCAUCGAAGCACCGCUCGAGGCGGUGGGGGCCUCCGUGUCGGAGGAGUCGGAGACACCAAUGGGAGCGCCCGACGGCGCCUUCGACGYGCUGAUCGCCGGCAGCUCGUACGUUGGAGACGGCGWGGCCUCGACGGGAGCAACCGUGGGGGGGAGGGGCUCGCCGGAAACCUCGUCUUCGUCCUCCUCCUCCGGGACAAAGGUGGCGCAGUCGAGGGAGCAGCCCGCGAUCAGGUCCGUCACGUUCUGGGAGAGGUCGGCCCCGGCGCUCGUGAUGGUGCACCGGAAAAAGUCGUUCGCCUCCUGGCCGCAGGGAGGGCACCGCGAGGUGAUGGGGCAGAGGGCGGCCUCGACGACUUCGCACGAGGUGAUUUCGUCCUCGCUGGGGAUCGCCGCCAGCUCGUCCUCGGUCGGGAGGAGGGUGAGGCACAGGUUGGACAUGGCRCAGGGGAGGACAUCCUUCUCGAGCUGGCCCAUGCAGUCGGCCGGAAAGAAGUCGAGGAGGCCUUCCGGAACCAGGGAGAGGGCCAUGCCRUCCGGGAGUUGCUGGGCGCUUACCGCCGGGGGGGACGAGAGCCACAGGGCCAGGAGGGGUGCGAGGCGGGACGAGAAAGGAGGCAUGGUGGGUGGAGUAGAGUGUUGUAUGUGUGUUGAGGGAAUGGUGUUUGUCUUGCGGUGGAUUGCCGAAGGGCACUUGCGCAGCAGGAGGAGAAAAAAGAAUGUUUGUGACACAACGCAUCCGAUGCGUAGGAGUAUGACUACUAUUAGUAGUACUGUACUUACUCACGGAAGUGGAAUAAAACAGGUAUGCACGACUAUCGUACUGUAUCGUACCUUACGGAAGUUUCAGUACGUACAGAUUCGUAGGUACAGUACGUAUGCCAAAAUUUACAGAAGAAGAUUUUUAAUUUGUAGAGCAUGUACCGUACGUACUGUACUACAGUACUUCGUAUUAUUUUUUUAAAAGACCAUCGCGCGGGGCGAGAUUCAAAAGACAAAGAUCGAAAAGUAGCUGUAUCCCGCGCAAACAACAGAUCAAUCGAUAGUUCGAACGACACGUUAAGAGUACCAUACGGUACUCCCCUUUUGUCAGGGUGGUUCGAAAGUUUUGAGACAAAAACGCAUUUAUGUUCCGUUAGUGAGGCCCAACCCCAACCCCAACYAUUUCUGGCUCGAGAGACAAAAUGAUCUUAGGUAUUAGCUUCKGUCGGAAAAGUGGCACGAGACUUUUGAAUUUUAAAAACUAAUCAGCAUCACUUUUCCACCUUCUUUCUUCCAGCAAUGCUUCUUCAGCCACGAGAAGGCAAAACCAGAAACAAGGAGUCAAAAAGAAUCUGGAAAAAGGGGGGGGGGGAAAGGCAUCAAAUUAAAAACAAUGGGAACACAGGAAUUAUAUUUUGUCGAAAACUUGCGCGACUUUCCCAAAAGCUUUUCCACAAUUUUUUUUCGAUCGAUUAGUAUUUCAGUUUCGACUAUUCCACGUUACGAACCGAUUAUCCCAAAAAUUCCCGUCCGUCCUUCAUCAUACAGAAUGUCGUCAUUCGGUUGAAGUCAAUCAUGUUGUUCGUCGUGUUCUUUGUUUCAUACGGUACCGGUACAAAAACAUAUCGUACUGUACUAGGUACCGUACCGCACCGCACAGUACCGUACAACACACCACCUACRUUACUAUGCGUGCUUGGUAGUAUGGGCAUCGUACAAUACAACAUCUACUAUUCCGCUUCCCUUCUUUGUUCGUCGUAGUUCCCCAAGUAAUAGAAGGCUACAGUACAUCUUUGCGAUCCCUCCGGAGAUCGGCAGCUAUCGAUAGGUCUCWAUCAACAAGCCAUCGUCGAUUCGAUACAUACAGAAACACAUUCACAUCAUGAUAAAGCACAGUCAUCUCCAUGCCUUUUCGAAGCGAAAACGACGAGUCGUAGGCAUCGAAUGCCUGCCAUCAGGCGACGAAAAGCGGGCGGAGAUUCUUCCAUUCUGUCGCAGUCACAGGAAAUGCAGACAGCGAGAAGGGACACCGUCAGUCUUGGUGAGCAAACGCCACUCUSCACGCCGAAUGGUGACCUGCUUUUUCUUUUGUACCUUCGUGGUCUGGUCGAAUUGCUGCUACGUCUUCGUCGCAGCGUUUUUCGUUUCGCCGAGGUCCAUGGCGCAAAAGACCAUGGCAAUUCUUGCCAGCGAGGACGACGGGAUGCCCGGUUCCAUMACAUCGAGGCGGAGACGCACAAGAAACCACGGUUGGCGGCAGCGCACAAUACUCCAGCAAUCAUCAUCUUCACCUUCCUCCUCCUCGUCGUCCACGACACCGCCGUUGUCCGCGCAACCGCAAUCCUCCAAGAAUUUCGCGCAAUCCGUUUUGUCGUCGCCGUCCGCCGCACACUUUGCCUUUGCCGACUCUUUUCGAAACAUUCUUGCCAGCAAACGAACCAGUCARCAAUACCGGCAGCGCUUUGUAACGGGAAGGUUUCCAGUGAUCGUGACGGUGGAAGAAGACAAUCCCAACCGCCGCUGGCUCAACCUUGGUCGCCGGAUGCAGCUCCAACCGGGACAGCAAGGGGAACAGAUUUCCACCUCCRUCAUGCUCGUCAACGGAACCAACAUCGAUCGGAGCCUUGCUUCCUACGACCGCUUUCAGUGGCUGGACGAAUUCGAACGACGGGAACUCCACGAUCGAUACGCAACUGUGAGCAUGGAACUCCUGGCGGAGAUCUCYAUCGACAAACCGGGAUACUUGCAGAUCCUACAGAGCCACGGCGCCGGGUCUUCGGCGGCAACCUCUCGAAAAAUCAGGCAGCAAGAAAAAGAGGRCUCUGCCGAACCGCUCUGGAACAGGCGUUGGAGGAACCGAAACGAGGAUGCAGGAGACGAAGAGGAGGAUCYGCAGCAAUCUCAACUCGAUCCCGACCAAUCGCCCCSCGACCGUCUCUGGUCGACCGGCUUUUCUCUCACCAGUCCGAAGGGAUUGAUCAAGAGCGUCGACAUCAGCGAUGGGCACAUUGAUCAAAUCAAUCCUCGAUCGGAGUCAAUGAUCACGUGGCCGAACGAGAUUACGAAGGUACCCAACAAUAUGAUCAAGCCGCAGCGGUACAAAACAACAACACAACAACAGCAACAGCAACAGCAAUCACAACAUGCCAGUAUUCCGCAGGAUGCACUGUUAGUUGCCGAUGGGUUUUUGGUGCCGGGAAAGGAUCGGGGGGGAAUCUAUCUCGUACAAAAUCCGUCGCACAAGCAAUCCGAAUGGAGCAUUCCGUUGACCGAUCCGUUUUCGACCGAUCGCUGGUUUUACCACAAAGCCGUCUGGGUGGAUCUAACGGGCGACGGAAGGCAAUCCAUACUGACCGCACGAGCCAAACUGAGAAAGGUCGCUAGCACUACGAYGUCAUCGGCUUCCACGAGUUCCRSGAGCAAAAAGAACAAUCGAGACAUAUACCUGGAAGCAAUGCAGGAARCAGAAAUGGAAGAGAAUCGUCCAAAGAACGGCCAGCUGAUUUGGUUGGAAAUGCCGAAACCGCACCACUACGAUGUGGAAACGGGGACGCCCCUGGAAAAAGAUGGAACCRCUUUUGAUCCCUUUGAUGCCCGCCACCUGCCUUGGAAAGAACGCAUUCUAGCGACGGGACCAGACGUCGCGUUCGCGGUAGCAAACAUGAAUCCGGACGACGAAAACACMGUCGAGGUUCUGGCCAGCCAGUUUUUCGACGAAAAAGUCACCCUGCACUCGAUUCGGCGGGGACCAAGCCCCGAGGUAAUCUUUUCACGUGUCAUCGACGACAGCCCGGGGGCCGCAUUCGGUGGCAUUCUCGUCGAUCUGGAAGAGGGAGCAACUGAUCUAGAUGCUGCCGACGGAAGGCCUCGUGUGAUCAAUUCGGGAAGCACCAUAAAGCCAGUGGGGRGCGAAGAAAACACUAACAGCUCGUUUUCCCAUUUCCUCGUCACGAGCCAUGAGUUCAAUUCCAACAGCGUAGUGGAAAGCAGCAACAGCAACGAUCCUAUCGCCAACAACAUGAUGGCGACCGAGUACAAGGGAAGUGCGAACGGCAUGAAUAAGCAAUCCUCGGAAAAAGUGCGCGGUGGAUCCCUCCUUGCCUACAAGGUYCCCAGGRGAUCGAAAGAYGCYUGGAAGACAGAGCCCUGGGUCCGAACCACCAUCGCUUCGGGCUUUCAGGUCAAGCAGCAGAUCUGGAACAUGAUUAAUCCCGGUGCCCCUGGGUUUGCGUAUGCCUUUCACGCCCACAGGGACGACGCGGCCCGGGGGAAGCGGCCCAUGAUUGCRGUCGCCGGCGAUUGCGCGGAAUCUGCCUACAUUUUUCGCCCGCAACAGGCAGCGGAGGGGGCCGGAACCACCGACCCCCACGCCGAGUACAAGCUCAUGUGCGAAAUCAAAUGCGGGGCCACCGUGGGGAGCAUCGCCGUCGGGUACGGCGACCUGUGCUCGGCAGAACAAGAAUCUGGAUACGCGAAAAUAUACAUUCCUUGCUUCGAGAAGGACAAGGUCCUCGUGUUUGCGCUUGGCAGUGGAGAGGAAGAGGACACGGUUGACUUUGACGACAGUGGAUGGUGAGCGACCCGCUACYAUGCCCUAUCCUAUGUAACGAACAUACAAGUGUAAUUUAGUGCACUAAUAUAGACAUAGAAAUACG